AUGGCCGGCCCGCGCUGGACCCGCCCGACCUCGUGCUCGACCUCUGCGCGGGCGGGGACCUCUUCUCCCUCGUCUCCGCGCGGGGCCUGCUCCCAGAGCCCAAGGCGGCCGAUCUCGCGGCGCAGCUGCUCCACGGAGGAUCUGUACAACAUCCACCCCGGGAUCUCGCGGGUCGGCAGUGCGACGAGCGAGGCGUCCGUCACCGGCGUUGGUGGGCUGGCGCCGCCGUUGGAUCUAACAGAGCUCAUGAAGGCGCAAAUCGCCAGCCACCCGCGCUACCCCUCCCUCCUCUCCGCCUACAUCGAGUGCCGUAAGAAGCGUGCAGUGCUGCCGUUUUGCUACUACGUGCAGAGAGAUCUUGCGGCGCUAGCUGUGGCGUCGCUGCUGGAGGAGGUCAGCCGGGAGGGGCGUGCUACCGGCCCCGGCUCCGGCACCGCGGAGAUUAGCGUCGAUCCCGAGCUCGACGAGUUCAUGCUCUGCUCUUGGGUCGACGAGUUCACGGAGAUCAGCGCAGUGGAUUUUUGCUUCGUUUCUGGCAAUAGUCGAUGGACAGUAGUGCCGGUAGCAGUAAUCUAG